CUCGUCGGCCUCCACGAAAACGAAGACGACGCGAACCCCAAAAAAUAUCACAAAAUCUUCCUUCCUCUCCUCGCGGCCGCGGCGACAGGAAGAAGAAGACGACCACGUCGGCGGCGAUGGCGUGCCGCGCACUCGCGCUCCGCUCCCUGCUCCUCCCCGACCCGCUCAACCGUCUCCCGGCCGCCGCCGCCGCCUCGGCCGCGUCGCCACCCGCGGGGAGGGCGCCCCGUGGCGGCAGUCGCCGCCCCCACCUGCGCUGCUGCUCCGGUGGCGGGGACCCCGGGCAGCCGCCGCAGGAGGCCGUGCUCGAGGCCAUCUCCAAGGUAGCAAGGUCGAAAGGAAGGGUUGCACUCACAACAAAUAUGGUCAUGGGUGGUACUGUGACUGAUGAUGCAAGUGAUGAAUGGCUUGUUCUGGAUCAGAAGGUUAAUUCAUACCCCACAGAUAGAGGAUUUACAGCAAUUGGUACUGGAGGUGAUGAUUUUGUCCAGUCAAUGGUAGUUGCUGUUGAAUCUGUUCUGCAAGAAUCCAUUCCCAAGGGCCGGGUAUCUCAGAAAUUAUCUUCCAGGGGAAAAUAUGUUUCUGUAAAGAUUGGGCCUAUUCGUGUGGUCUCUAGUGAGCAGGUUCAAGCCGUGUAUCGUGCCAUGAGAAGAGAUAACAGGAUGAAAUACUUCUUAUGAGCUGCUAUUACACAUCCUGCAUGUCUCGUAGCUCCCCUUCAUCUAGUAAUAUGAGAGUCAUGCCAUGCAUCCUGCCGUACUUGCUGGAGCCUGGUGAAUUCAGAAGGAAAUGGGAAAGAUCUUUUCUGUGGCAUUCAAGCCCAAACAGAAGCUGCUCCAAUGAUCCUCUACGGUGUAACUUGAUGAUUUCGGUUACAUUCCGUAGUGCAGGGUGGUCAUAUUUAGUUACUACACAUGAAAGAUGUAUUUUUAUUGUUUCCUCUAAGAUGUAUUUUACUGUUUUAUAAUAAGUCUUCGCAAAUUGUUGA